GUUUUUUCACGCUUCUGGAAAAAACAUAAUAUUGACUCUAUACAACUCCGUUUUUUGUAACCUUUUUAGAGAAAAAGAGAGACGCUCGGUCCAUUCCGUUAUCUCUUUUCUUUUCCCUUGUCUAUUUUUAUCGUAUUUUUCUACAAUCACAAGAAGAAGCAGGAAACAAGGAAACACUGCUUGGAUAUGCAUUGCAGAUUAUGGAACAAUACAAGCAUUUAAUAUCUGGCGAUAGAGGGCAUGGGAACAAAUGGGAUACGGUGUUUCUUGGAGGUUUACUAGGCUCGCUCUUCUCCCUUUUGCAGUUCAUCGUAUCACCCAUCAUUGGUCGAGCCAGUGAUCGAUUUGGGCGACGAAAGGUGCUCCUGUAUACGAUGAUUGGUAACCUGCUUUCGACAGGUAUCUGGAUCUUUGCUCGGUCAUUUACAAUGUUCCUGCUCGCCCGUAUCGUUGCGGGACUUAGUGAAGGCAAUGUCCAACUCAGCAUUGCCAUUAUAUCAGAUGUCACUCCGCCUUUACAGCGAUCGCGAAGCUUGGCUCUCGUGGGUAUUGCUUUUGCUGUAGCAUUCACAUUUGGACCCGCUAUUGGGGCUUGGUUUGCUUCAGUCGAUCUGAGCAAGAUCUUCCCCGGUGCAAGCGGUAUUUACCCAUUCUCUAUGCCAGCAAUUGUUGCACUAGUGCUAUUAUCGAUCGAGACGCUAUACAUCUUCAACAAGAUCCCAGAGACAAAGGAAGCCAAAUCAGCAGCAGCAAGGAAAGAAGAACAGACCCAUACCAAAACACUGAAAAACAAUGUCGAGUCGGUCGAACAACGUAUCAGCAAUUUACGCCGACUUAAACUGAUCCACUGCCUGCAUUUAUUUCUGUUUUCGGGCAUGGAGUUUACCCUUGUUUUCUUGACAUUCGACGUGUUGGACUACUCGAAUAUGCAGCAAGGGAAAUUGCUCGGUUACAUGGGUAUUUUGUCUGCGUUGCUUCAAGGGGGCUAUGUGCGUCGACAGGUGCAACGGUUGGGCGAAAAAAUGUUGGUAUUGCAGGGUAUGGCGGCUUGUGUCAUUGGUUUAUCGUCGCUAGCGAUGGUGGCGUCGAGUGCAUAUGCUGUUCAAUGGCUCUAUUUCGGCGUUUCGUGUCUUGCACUAACGACAGGCACUGUUGUUAACUGUCUCACUGGACUGGCGAGUUUACAAUGUCAGGAGGAGGAGGAUAGUGAUAAUGACAAAACCAACGACGAAAAGAAGACCCAUCCAUCACUUGCCAAAGGAAGAGCCCUCGGCGAAUUUCGUAGUUCCGGACAACUGGGGCGUGCAUUGGGUCCUGUUUCAGCAUGCGGUUUAUACUGGCUUGCCGGUCCAACUAAAUGCUACGGUACGGGAGCUAUCAUCAUGAGUGCUGUUACCGUGACAACAUUUUUAAGUGUUCCAUCCACUCGAAAAGUAGUAAAAACAGAAUAAUAAAAGUUGAAUGACCCAAAAUUUGUAAUUAGAAUAGAUGAGUAGUGGUACUUUAUUAUUAAUUAUCUAGAUAGUACAAAAUAAAACAGAGAGAGCCAACACGACAGUAGUACCAACACGUUUAGG